GGUGGAUUUGAUGAGGUUAAUAUAGAAAAGUAAUAGUUGGGGGCAUUUACAUGAAGCAUGCAACUAUGUGUGUAGCUCUUCAUUUAUUUUUCCCUUUGAGUAGAUCUGCAGAAGAUGGAUUUCUGUACAAAAUCAGAUCAUACAGUUUUGGCAUAUUUGAGACCAUAUAGAGAGUCCAAAGUGCAUGCUUUUAGUUCUUGCAAAUGGAACAACAAUCUUCAUUUCAGAGACUUCAGAUUUUUAAAGCCUUGACUUGAAUACUCCUCUUAAGCUUUGUGCUGCUUUAUGCUAAAAAUAUGAAAAAAUGGUUUAGAAUUUAAGAUGGUGGUGAUGAUGAUGAUGAUGAUUCCUUUCAGUACUUGUGCAAGUCUAGUGACAAAACUGUGUCACAAGAAGGGAGUGAUAGAAUUUGAGUAAAAGAAGUACUGUGGGAGCUUAGGAGACAGGUUAUCAACUUGUACUGCUUGCCUUGAUUUAAGAGUCCUUUGAAUCUAAACAUUACCUGUGGAUUCAGAUUAUCUGAACUACUCGAAGAUUCAGAAAUGAGAUGAUGCAAGUCAAAAUGUAUGCUCAGAGUUGAAUUUUGUGAGUUUCCCUUUGCAUUUAUUUGACUGGCAAAGACUCUGCAAACAGACAUUGGAAAAAAUCUUGUCUCUUAGGUUGACAUUGACACGUUGUUAUUUGGCUCUUGCACACUACUUACCUGUUCACAUUUACCAUAAAUAACGACUAGAAACCUAAUUUACAAGUGAACUGUUGAAGUAACUUCUGGAAGGGCUUGUUUCCUUCUCUUGCCUCCACCCCCUUCAGACUUUUUGUCUUAUGGGAUUUGUUUGCAGUCUGCUAGCUGAAGCUCUGAGGCAAGUUUGCCUCUGGAGCUGCAUCAUCAUUCUGCACAUCUGGAAGUGGUUUAUGGGCUCUCAUUCCUCCAGUGCGGCGUCUGGACUCUGUGCUAUUCCUGAGCAGCAGCAGAAAACCAGCACAACUCCAAAGUAAACUUCGAAGAGUUUGCAAAAGGAAUUAAAUCUUAAAACCAUUACUGUGCCCUGCAAGGUCCUUGUGCAAGAGACUUCAAAGGAGGAUGAUGGUCAAGGAAGCUUUGGCAAGAGUACUUACAGCUGUGGGCUAUCUAGGAUCUGAGUAAAUAGCUCUACAGCUCUUCAGGAGAGAGGAGUCCCGAAUACUGUGCUGCUUUGAAGAGGCCACAGUUCUCAUCCAAAAGGACACAUGGGUCUUUUAAAGAAAAUUAACCAGAUCUUGCUGUUACUUCUUGUCUUAACUGUGUGUGCCAUUCUCUAUAACAAAGUGCACCAAAUGCCAUCUGCCCUGAAGAAUGAAACAGUCGAUUUGGAGAGUCCCGAGGAAACAGAAGAAGAAAUCCCAGUCGUAGUCUGCGCUGCUGCAGGCAGAAUGGGUGCAACUGUAGCAGCAAUCAGUAGCAUCUACAGCAACACAGAGGCUAAUGUUUUGUUCUACAUAGUUGGGCUGAAGACUACAAUCCCACACAUUCGGAAAUGGAUUGAAAAUUCUAAACUGAAAGAAAUAAAAUUUAAGGUUGUGGAAUUCAAUCCUAUGGUACUAAAAGGAAAAAUCAGACAAGAUGCAUCACGUCCUGAGCUACUGCAGCCUCUGAACUUCGUUCGAUUUUAUCUUCCUUUGCUUAUCCAGAAACAUGAGAAAGUAAUAUAUUUGGAUGAUGAUAUCAUUGUUCAAGGUGAUAUCCAGGAACUGUAUGAUACUAAGUUGGCUCCUGGACAUGCUGCAGCUUUCUCAGAUGAUUGUGAUCUGCCUUCUACUCAUGAAAUUGUUAGAAGUGUCGGGAUGCAGAACACAUACAUGGGGUUCCUGGACUACAGAAAGCAAGCAAUUAGAGAUCUUGGCAUCAGCCCCAGCACCUGCUCCUUUAAUCCUGGAGUAAUUGUUGCUAACAUGACUGAAUGGAAACAUCAACGGAUUACAAAGCAGUUGGAAAAGUGGAUGCAAAGAAAUGUGGAAGAAAACCUCUACAGCAGCACACUUGGGGGAGGUGUGGCAACCUCUCCAAUGCUGAUAGUAUUUCAUGGAAAGUAUUCUGCUAUUAAUCCUAUGUGGCACAUAAGGCAUCUUGGUUGGAGUCCUGAUACCCGUUACUCAGAGCAUUUUCUUCAAGAAGCUAAAUUACUCCAUUGGAAUGGGAGAUACAAACCUUGGGACUAUCCCAGUGUUCACACUGACCUCUGGGAAAACUGGUUUAUUCCUGACCCCUCAGGGAAGUUCAAAUUAACACGUCCUGAUAGCUGAUACCAAAACCACUUAAAUGCAUCCACACACUGCAUUGU